GCGACACAUUAAAAACACAGCAAUAGUGAAAAUAUUGAAAGAAGGAAUCUUGCACAUGAAGGAACUAAGAUGGAAUUUAAAAGCAAAGAAACUGGUUUCUUGUACUGCGAAGACGCAAUGAACAGAAACACCAAUGAUUGCAAAAAAAUGCUGAUGAGUACAGUGAUUAAACAUGACCAAGACUAUAUUCAAUCUUUGCAAUUAUUACAAAUGGUGGAGGUGAAGGGGUGCUUGUUCCAACAUUUGGCCGAUAAGAGGGGUGUUAUUUAGGUGGAGAGGAGGCGGGGUGUAAUUCCAGACUUUGCAGUAUGUUAUGCUACUUGAACGAUACACUGAUAUUGAAAAGUGUGGCACCAGUACUAACUGCAAUGGGUAAUAGAGUAGGAUCCUAACGGUAUACUCCAUGUGUUAAAUUUGGAGUAAAUUGUCCUCUUCCCUUGGAAAGUAUUUUCUAAAACAUUGAUCAAUGUCAUGUUCUGCACCCAAUAAAGGUGAUGACAGCUCAACAGGUAAUAGUGCACUAUUAACUGGCUCAUCAAGAUUUUCUGACAACACAAGUGCUGUGAUAUCAUUCAAGCUUCCCAGUGUCCUUGAGAGUUGUGGUAAGAAGCAGCUAAGUUGUAGACGGAGUAACAGCAGCAGCAGCAGUGACGAGGCAGACACCAUUCCCCUCCAGGCAUCCACUGGCAAUCACUGGCAGAGGGGCAGCAUGUCCACUCAGAAACCAUCAGUAAAAUCUACACCAGACUUCAGAUCAGGUAAAGACAGUCUUGCAGCCUGUAUGAAUCUGUCAGUUCGGCGCAACAAGACAAGGCGUGGCCCGGGAGGGGCAGGAAUAACUUUUGGUCUUCCAAUGAGAGUCAAGAUGCCGCUUCCAGCAGUGAGAGAACCUGGUGAUGAGUUGGAUGGAAUUACUGAACUGGAAUACACCGUGGAUGAGUCUCGCCAAAGUUUUGAGCCAGCAGUGGUGUCCGGCAGCCAGGAACACCACUUGGAAGGUAGCAGUGCACGUACUGCUUCGUCAAACUCGGAAACAGACCGUGAGAUCGACCAAAGACUUCAUACUCGUGAGCCCGUAAAGGAAGCCUGCAGUCACAGUCUGGAAAGGGAUACAGGGAACGCAACUGUUGAAUCACAGCGUGUCUUCACUUCAAAGACGACAGAAGGCCAAGUCUGUAACCAGCAGCAGAAUAGCGGUACACAAGAAGGGUCGCACUCAUUUGCUACAAACGCUCAUUCAGCAACGCUAAAUAACUUGAGCAGACAGCAGGCGGAUGCUGUUAAUUUAAGCCGACAGCAAACGCCGCAACAAGUACCAACAACGCAAGUGGUUACGCCCUCCAACAACAUCAACGGAUCAUGUACAAUUCAGCGACAAACGUCAAGUUCGAUCACACCAGUUGUUUCUGGAUAUGGCUCUUUUUCUCAACAGAAUACUCCUCAAGUCAGACACGGAAGCCAACCAUCAACGAUUCCAGUUCAAUUCCAUAGUGUUGGUCACGUCCCAGGAUACCCCUCAGAUAUGCAGUUUGCCAGGCCUGCGGUCGUGGUCGCCCAGGCUCCCCAGGACACUAUUGUAGUGAAGGGCAAAUCGUACCAGAAGUUGGGAACUAUUGGCAAGGGAGGGUCCAGCAAGGUGUUCCAAGCAUUCGAUGGCAAAAGAAUAUGUGCAAUAAAGUACGUGAAUUUAGAAGAAGCUGACGACUUCAUAGUUCAGAGUUAUAUAAACGAAGUUCAAUUGCUGGAGCGACUGCAGGGAAAUGAUAACAUCGUCAAGCUGUAUGACUGGGAACUUAGCCAAGAGAAGAGCCACCUGAUUUUGGUGAUGGAAUGCGGAAGUAUAGACCUAGCUGGUUUCUUGAGGAAAAAUCGCACGAAAAUAACUGAAAACGAACUUCAGGUGUUUUGGCGGCAGAUGCUGGAGGCUGUGCACGUGAUUCAUGAGGCGCGAAUUAUUCACAGUGACCUAAAGCCCGCCAACUUCCUUUUGGUGGAAGGACGCCUGAAACUUAUCGAUUUCGGGAUCGCUAAUGCUUUACAAGGAGACAAGACAAGCAUAGAGCUUAACACACAAGUUGGCACGUUAAACUUUAUGUCUCCAGAAGCAUUUCAAGAUAUAUCUCACGCUCCUCGGUUCGACAAAGCUGGAAAUGCAAAACCAAGAAUGAAGAUCGGGCGAGCCAGCGAUGUGUGGUCCCUAGGCUGUAUCCUGUAUAUGAUGGUUUAUGGCAAGACGCCUUUCCAACACAUCACCAAUCACGUUGUCAAGUUGCAAUGUAUUAUGGAUCCUUCACACGUGAUUGAGUUUCCAGAUAUCAAAGACAAGCGCCUGCUUGAUGUCAUGAAGGGAUGUCUUCGCCGGUCCCCAAAAGAACGUUACAGUAUUCCACAUCUGUUGGCUCAUCCUUACAUUGAUCCGCACUCACACGAUCCCCUGGAGGAUGAGGAUAAAAUGUUCCACGUCUUGAUGGAGUUUGCUAAGGCUGAUGUUAACUCGCCGCGUUCCGUGCGUGCUCUGAGUAAGAGUUUUUAUAAACAGCUUCUUAGUGGUAACAAGGUCAGCAUCUCAUCUGCUAUACCCAGACCCUUUGGCACUGUACCUUCCCAGCAUGCAAUGCCACCUCACCAAGUUCCUCCAGCACCUGUGGUCCGCCAGCCUUUGGUUGGAAUUGACUUGCAAGCGUUAAAUCAGGCACAGAAGGCGUUAAAACCUCCUCACGCGUCAGGAAAUGCCAAGUAUAUGAAAGGGACUGCUAACGAACCGAACAAGGAAAACGCGGAUCUUAACGGGUUAUUGAAGCAUGAGCUUGUAGAGAAAUACAAGAACGCACAUCCUCACGAUACAUCCGAGUCCACAUUUGAACAAACCUGGAACACAACGUAUGGGAAAUGAACAGGCCCUACUUGUAAAGGGCUCUUGUGUCCCAUGAAGUCGUCUCUCCAGCAAGGAAACCACUACUCUGUUUCUUUAUUUCUUUUGUCCAUCUAGCUAGUGUCACGGAUGUAUUCUUUACAUUCGAGCGUUUUCCAAACCGGCUCAUCAUAGGAAAUGUGAGCCAAUCAAAUCUUGAAGCGAAGGCAUAGCAUGCAACGAAUGCGAAGCGCGAGAAAAUACGUGUAAGCCAACUAAAGUCAUUGGUUGGUUUUGGUUUUGUUCCUGAUUGGCUGCUUUUGCAGAACACGUCGCUCAAAUCUCGUGUCGAGAAUUAAAUACAUCUGUGGUGUCCUUGGCGCUUUCUUUGAACGGAAGCAUAGAAGCUGUGAAAAGGAGAACAACAACAACAAAAAAACCGUCAGAAGAUAAAAUACAAAAUACAGAGUAAUCUCUAGUGUUCCAUACUUUUUGAAAGGAUAACCAUCCUGAGAAGAAUAGGGAGGCUAAAAUGCUCGGAGUCAGAUAUGGACUAUUCACAAGCUGGUUUAUAGUGACACAAAGUUUCAUCCCUAUUUUGUGAAUUAGUCCUGUGAAAUGAAAAGUAGGGCAAAAACGGUUGUAAGGGGGCUUGUAAUCUCCAUGUAUCUGUGUGUAACUAGAUGUAAAUAUAUAUUUGCCAAAACAUAUUACUAGCAUUAUACUGAAGGCGUAUUAUCAUUUUAAAGUAUUAUCAUUUUCUCCAGAUUUAGCCUGAUGAGUCCAUAACCAGAAAUUAGCACCCAUGGAAUCCUUUUGGGCUACUACAAAUCAUAGAUCACUUGCCUAUAAAAAAAAAAGGUUUUUUUUUUUUUCUUUUUUCUUUCCUUUUUUUUGGACUGAUUUUUUAACUCAAAUUGGCGUCAAACUACUUUCGAACGAUACUACUGUGCAAUUUAUGCUAAAAUGUCAAUUCGCAAAUGAGAAGCUAGGGGAGUUCAAGAAGAGUGUAACAAAUGCCACUUGUCUACAGAUUGGUAAAAACUGUGAAAUGCUGCAACUCUUACCAAAUAGUACAGUGAUCGUCUCCCUUUUAUUCACUCAGUUGAUAUAACAUCUUGUCCCUUCAAAUAAAUGCUAUCCAUACAAACACCCAAUUCUGACCACUCCAACACGAGACAUUCAAUGUAAAAAUGUUAUUGAGGAUGCGUCAAUCAGUCGUCUGAGGCAGAAAUAAAUGUAUCCUUGUAACAAAAUCUGUAUCUGCACAAAUUACAACUCUUGGUUCUAAUAGUAGAACCUGUGCUACUCCCAGAUACAGAGAAAACGCCCUUCAUGUGUGGCCAAAAAAUAUCGGGAGCGUACGUAUUUCUCAUAUAUUAAUGAAGCCGAGGAAAGGGUACAAUAAAUAAGCUACAGCAUUUGCAUGUAACAAUUGUUCGUAAAAUCAAAUGUUAGGCGGCGGCUCCCAGCUUUCGACUACUGCCGAGCACUGUUUCGUUGUCUGAACUGUGCUCAACGAAUUGAUAACCGUGCGCUCGAAGCUGGGAG